AUGUCGAAGGAGAUUCAGAAUUUGUGGAGAGAAGUGAGGGAAUUGAGCUUGGGAACUGAAAUCGAUCGCCUUGAUUCUCCGCCGUCUCCGGUACAGUUUCUCCGAGACUACGUCUCCCAGAGCAAGCCUUGCGUAAUCUCCAACGCAAUCGCUCAUUGGCCGGCUCUGAAGCUCUGGUCGGAUCCGGCGUACCUCGCCGGAGCUCUGUCAAAUGACCUUGUCUCACUACAUCUCACCCCUAACGGCUGCGCCGACGCCGUCACUCCGAUCAAUGAGAAAGAGAGCACCGGAGAUCUCUGUUUCGCUUCAUCGCACGUGGAGAAAGUUCCGUUCCCGGAGGCUCUUGAGGCAGUUCGAUCGUCGACAAAGGGGAAAAGUGUCGCGUAUUUGCAACAGCAAAACGAUUGCUUCAGAACGGAGUAUUCAACGGUUGCUUCAGACUGCGACGGCGAUAUCGCUUGGGCUACGGAGGCGCUUGGUUGUUCGCCGGAAGCUGUGAAUCUUUGGAUAGGUACUGAUCUCUCCGUGACCUCUUUCCACAAAGACCACUACGAGAACCUAUACGCCGUCGUUUCAGGGGAGAAACAUUUCCUUCUCCUCCCUCCGACCGAUGUACACCGCCUCUAUGUCCAACGAUACCCAGCAGCCAAUUACUCUUACGACAGAGAUACUGAAGCGUUCAAGCUUGAGAUUGAGCAAUCAUUGAGGCAUGUGCCAUGGUGCAGUGUUGAUCCAUACCCUUCACCAGAGAAGGAAGCAAGUGAGAGAUUGAAAUAUCCAUUGUUCUUUAAUGGCCCAAAGCCGUUUCAUUGUACUGUCAAGGCUGGGGAGAUUCUUUACCUGCCAAGCAUGUGGUUUCACCAUGUUAGUCAAACCCCAGGAGAUGGUGGCUAUACCAUUGCGGUGAACUAUUGGUAUGACAUGCAGUUCGACGUUAAGUAUGCGUAUUUCAACUUCUUGCAAUCAUUAUCGUACGAGUCAUCCUCACUCAGUCCAAUUCUGUCUUGGAGAGAAGAUGAAGAUUCAGAAUCCGGUGAUGCAGAGAAAGGGUGUUCAGAGCUAUUAUGGAGAGUAAGAUUUGUUUUAGCUGCUGGAACGCUGUGGCUGUGGCAUCGAAGUAUAUGA